AUGGAGCAACUUCUCAUCCUGGACGAAGAUUGUUUACCAUUGCUUCUAGCCGAAUUGCUCAAAUCCUCAAUUAAAGAAGAUAAAGAGAUAGCUAAGGAAUGUGUUAGACUCUUUCUGAUCGACCCUAAAACCAAUUCUGGCUUCUUCUUUCCUAGGUCCAUACAAAAUCAGUGUGCUCCCAUAGCUUUGACCUUUUGCGGAUUGUUUCGGAAAGCUACCGAUGAGGACGGGCAGCAGUUAUACUACUCCUGUCGUGAAACUCUUGUAUUCAUACCGAAAUCAAUUGCUUUCUCGAACAGAACAAGAUACUUUGGUGUUGCAAAGAAGGGUCUUUCGCUUCCAGUGAAUCGGGACGACCUGGAGGGAGGGGGUAACCCAUGUUAUUUGGUUGAAAUCUUUCAGUUUCAUUGUGAAUUUUCUCGUUUGGUGAUAAACCUCAAGCAAGGCCUGCGUUGUUUGGAGGCAGCUAUUCGGGAUGCAGGAAGUAAGUUGAAAUUCAAUACAGGGUGGUGGUCUCUGUUUCUCUCUGUUCUCAAGGACUUGCACAGCAUUUCUAAAAUUUACAGCAAUGGAGAAGAACGUCUUUCGGCGGCUUUUCGAGAGUACCCCCUUGCAAUAAAUUAUCUUAUCAGGCACUUAAAGAGGGGCGAUGAUCAUCUAUGGCUUCUCAAAUAUGACAGUGCAAUAGAUUUUGAAUCAAGAAGACAUUUGGUGCUUAUGAUGUUCCCUGAGGUCCAGGAUGACAACGAAAAGCUGCACAAACUUCUCAUUGACAGGUCGCACUUAUUCAAGGAAUCAUUUGAACUCAUUGCUCAUGUAAAACCCAAGUCCUUGCACAGUGGCAUUUUCGUGGAGUUCAAAGACGAGGUAGCUACGGGCCGUGGUGUCCUGCGGGAGUGGUUUCUCCUGGUAUGCCAAGCACUCUUUAGUCCAGAAAAUUCCCUUUUUGUAGCAUGCCCGGAGGACCGACACAGAUUCUUUCCGAACCCUGCACAACUCAAACCCGAGCAGCUUAAUCUUUUUGGCUUCUGUGGUAGAGUUAUUGCUUUAGCCUUGAUGCAUCAAGUGCAAGUGGGCAGUGCGUUAGAUCGUGUAUUUUUCUUGCAAUUAGUAGAGGAAGAGUUAUCUUUGGAAGACAUACGAUGCGCAGAUCCAAUCAUGUACAGGAGUUGCAAACAGAUUCUGGAGAUGGAUGCUGACUUUGUUGAUUCAGAUGCUAUGGGUUUGACAUUUGUUAGGGAAAUCGAAGAUUCCGGAUCCAGGAAAACCGUGGAGCUGUGCCCUGGAGGGAACAACAUUGUUGUCAAUAGUAAGAAUAGGGAACAAUAUGUACAUCUUUUAAUUCAGCAUUUAUUCGUCAAAUCAAUCUCCGCAAAGGUUGCCUAUUUUGCAAGAGGUUUUGCUGAUAUUCUUUGUAAGCGGAGGCUGGCGAAAAGCUUUUUCCAAGCGAUAGAUCUGAAAGGUCUUGAUUUUGCUUUACUUGGAGAUGAUACUCCUAUUCUUUUAAAAGAUUGGAAAGCACACACCAUGUAUGACGGCUACAGAGAAACUGAUGAACAGAUUUGCUGGUUCUGGAAGGUUGUAGAGGGUUUGUCCAUGGAGCAGCAGAGGGAGCUUCUUUUCUUUUGGACCUCAGUGAAAUACCUUCCAGUAAAUGGUUUUUCUGGUUUGCCAUAUCCUUUGACCAUCUAUAAGACAUCUGGUUCUGACGAGCGCCUGCCAUCUGCCCACACAUGCUUCUUCCGCUUGUCACUUCCACAUUACCUAUCUCUAGCCAUUACACAACAGCAUCUUUCUUUUAUCUGCCAAAGACAUGUAGGCUGUAGUUUUGGAUUUGUGUGAAACACCACCUGCUACUGGUUCUUGAGGUUGUUUGGUUCAUCCUAAGGUUAAUGUGUUCUAUUUGAUGCAAAUGGAGGAUGACAUCUUUUUGUGUCAACAGUUGUGGAUAUUUUUGUUUCUUUUUCUCUCGUUUUUCCUUGUUGAGUUUUAUAUGAAUAAUAGUGCCAAAAAUAUUACUUGGUUUUUCUAAUAUUGUUUUGUUUGAGCUGCAGGAAUGGUGAACUUACCAUGGGAUAUCCUAUCAGACAUCCUGGUUCAGUUGCCUGUGAAAUCAAUUGCAUGAUUCAGGUGCGUAAACAAAGCAUGGUGCAAUUUGUUGAAAAACUCUGAAUUUCUUGAAACACAAUAUAAGCAUGAUGUUGAGCUGAGCAGAUUUAGUCUCAUGUUUCAUGAUCAAAUUGAUCUAUAUACCUUUAGUCAUGUUCCAUCAUUGUCCACAUGUGAGAGCUCUGGUCAUAUCGAAUACCUGUAAUGGCUUGGUUUUGUUAAGGCAUAUUAAUAAUUUCAAUUCACCUAGACUUAUCCUUUGGAGCCCAUCGACUAACGAAUGUAAGACGUUACCAGAUCCAACAACUAGAUUGAAGGAAUGCCUAGUCGUUUUUGAAGAAUAUGGAAUUGGUUAUGCUCACCAGAUUGAGGAUUUUAAAGUUGUAUGUUUACGCAGCAUUUUUUGAAUCAGUCAAACACCUCAUUAUGGUGUUGGAAAUGAGACACCCAUGUAUCGUGCACAAACUCCACAGGUGGAGUUUAUGGUAUCCUAUGAGAGAUCCAGGAGUAGAAUAUGCGGACGCCCAUGAGCCAUCAAGCUUGGAAUCUUUAUGCUAUCUCAUCUCCAGCAAGGGGAACCAGUCCACAAUGUCAGCGGGGAAGUCCUCUUCCACGUACAAAUAAAGCACCAGGACUGACCACAGUUUCAGGUUAGGUCUAUGCGAGAUUAUUGGACUGAAGCUGUUUGGAACACCAGUAACAGUAAAGCAGCAGGAUGGCAUCUGGGACUGGUGGUAUAGUAGACUAGUACUGAUGUAUUCAGUGAAAUAAUUUAGUCUCGAAAUUUUGCUGUAAUCUAAUUUCCCGAUUUGUAACCUUGCAAACAUUGAAUUAGAAUUUUAAUUAGUCU